UCCAAACCGGUACAGGCGAGGUUCACAUGAACCGGACCGGAGUAGGUUCUUCCCGUCCUCAAUCCCGUCCCUCUCUUCCAUUGUAUGGCUCUGCUGCCUCCGCCGUCGUCUUUUCCCUGUGCCCGAUCCGCCAGAAACCCUACCGCUCGUCCGUUUCGCGUUCCUACGAGAAGAGGAGAUCGGCCUCGAGGUCGAGAUGGAGUUCUUGUGGUGGCGGACUUGCGGGAUCCUCCGCAGAAGCCAACCAAGUUGGUUACUUUCUUGGGCAAGGGCGGUUGUGGAAAGACAGCCGCCGCCGUGCUCGCUGCGCGGUAUUAUGCAAUGGAAGGGUUGAAGACAUGCUUAGUAGUGCAUUCUCAAGACCUGACUGCUGAAACGCUGAUGGGUUGCAAGAUUGGAAGCACCCCACUGGUGUAUGAUAGCAACCUUUCUGUUGUUCGGCUAGAAACGAGCAAGAUGCUUCUUGACCCUCUUGAGCGAAUGAAGAAAGUAGAUGCACGAAUGAAUUUAACUCAAGGUGUUCUUGAAGGGAUUGUGAGUGAAGAAUUAGGGGUUCUUCCUGGAAUGGAUUCCAUUUUUUCUGCCUUGGCGCUUCAAAAGCUAGUGAGUUUUGAUCUUGGCCAGAGAAACUUCUCAACCAGAGAAUUUGAUGUGAUCAUUUAUGAUGGUGUUAACACUGAUGAGACAUUAAGGUUGAUUGGAGUCACGGACAGAACAAGAUCAUAUUUAAAAUAUGCCAGGAGCUUGGCUGAAAAGACAGAUAUUGGAAGAUUGGCAGCACCUUCUUUGUUGAAACUAGCAUAUGAAUCUAUCAGGUUAACUGAUGGAUCCAGCGAUGGUAAAACAAGUGCAGAAAUAUGGGAGGAAAUUGAGCGAAUCCUUGAGAAAGCAUCAGCUUCAUUCACUGAUUCAUCAAAAUUUGGAUGCUACCUUGUUAUGGAUACAAGAAGUCUGUUGUCUGUUAAUGCUGCAUUGCGAUAUUGGGGUUGUGCAAUUCAAGCUGGAACAUGUAUACGUGGAGUGUUGGGUUUUUAUCCACAAUCUUCUGGUGUGACAGAAACAAUCAUCCAAAAGUUCUCACCUCUGCCAUUUGGGUGUUUGCCAUAUGUUUCCACUGAGGAAUCUGUAGAUUUGUCUGCCUUGAUAAGCUCUUUAAACAAAGACUUGAAGGCUCUUUUUGAAAGUAGUUGUAGUAACUUGCAAUCACCAGUGACAUUUGACUCUAGCCAGAAGUCAGUGACUCUCUUCAUGCCUGGUUUUGACAAGUCAGAGAUAAAACUAUAUCAAUAUCGAGGAGGGUCGGAACUACUGGUCGAGGCUGGGGAUCAGAGACGCAUUAUUAAACUACCAUCUGGUAUGCAUGGAAAAGUAAGAGGUGCCAAAUUCAAUGACAGGAACCUCGUUGUUACACUCCGAUAGCCAGUUCCAAGAGCAAUAUUGGCUGAGCAGAUAUGCUUCCCUCGCCGUUUCUUUUCCCAGUUCUAAGUCUCUCUUUUCCCACUAAUCAUGUAAAUUAUCCUUGUUAAAUUGUUUCAUAAGUACACAAUCAUUCUUUCAAAUUUCCAACUGAUAUGCUUUAUAGAAUUUUAGUAUUCUAGCUUUC